GAGAUGUUUGAUCUUAAUCUUAGUUCUGAUGAUGUUCCAGUAGAACCCAUCUCUGUUCUAGGUGAAGUAGCGUCGGAAAAGGUUAAUGAAUUGUUAUUUAAUCAAAUGGAAAACUCAGGAACUUCUAAUUCCUCUAUUGUUAACAUGGAGACUUCGAGUACUGCUGGUGAUGAUGAGUAUUUUAGUUCUGAUCAUCGUCACCGCGAUGGUUUUACAUUUGCUAUACUGAAAGCUGAUAAGGAAGCUAAUAAUGAAUACGAAGGAAGUGGGGAUCGUGGUGGGUUUGUAAUAAAGGAGUUGUUUCCAUUGGUGAAUGGAGAGGUGGGGUUGGAUCUUCCGGUGAAUUGCGGUGAUUUGAAUGAGCAGAGGAUCGGUAAAACUCCGCAACAGAGAUUACAGGCGAAGAAGAGUAGAAGAGGACCUAGGUCUCGGAGUUCUCAGUAUCGUGGAGUUACAUUCUAUCGAAGGACUGGAAGAUGGGAAUCCCAUAUCUGGGAUUGUGGGAAACAAGUUUACUUGGGGGGUUUUGACACUGCACAUGCUGCUGCUAGGGUGUAUGACCGUGCUGCAAUUAAAUUCCGAGGACUUGAUGCAGAUAUCAAUUUUAACAUCAGUGAUUAUGAAGAAGAUCUGAAGCAGAUGAAGAACUUUAGCAAAGAAGAGUUUGUGCACAUACUUCGUCGUCAGAGCAAUGGCUUCUCUAGAGGAAGUUCAAAAUACAGAGGAGUCACUCUACAUAAAUGUGGGCGAUGGGAAGCACGGAUGGGGCAGCUUCUUGGAAAGAAAUAUAUCUAUCUUGGACUAUUUGACAAUGAGAUAGAUGCUGCAAGGGCAUAUGAUAAGGCUGCUAUAAAAUGCAAUGGGAGGGAGGCAGUCACCAACUUUGAGCCAAACACAUACGAAGGGGCAUUGACUUCGGAGGCUGACAUUGGAGGCAGAGAUCAUAAUCUUGAUCUAAAUUUGGGCAUAUCUCUCUCUUCCUAUGCUGAGAAUCAACAUGGAAACACUAGCCAAAUUGGAAACUUCCAGUGCCGGCAUGGUUCAAACGGUUUACCUGAACAUCAUGGAGAAGUCCAGACCCCUGCUUCUACAACACUGAGAAGUAAACUGCUACUUCAUGGUCAGCAUAUGCUAACUCAGCAUCCCCUCCAUUGGAACGGAUCAAAUGACAGUCUCUUUCCAACAUUUAAGGGUUCAGCAAUAGAGAAGGGCUUGGAAGUCGACACCUCUUUGAAAUGGAUGGGGCAUGACCAAAAUACUUAUGAUGGGAGUCCUACAUUGCCACUCUUCUCUACUGCAGCAUCAUCAGGAUUCGGAAAUUCAGCAAACACUGCACCCUCAGCUGCCACUCAUCAGCUGCACUUUGGAAGUGGAGCACUACCUUUCCCCCAUUCACCAUUCCUCACCAACAUGAAUCUUUCACAUCAUUAUUUCAAGAGCUGAACAGUCGGCUGCUAAACCUAUUACAACGAUCAAUAUCUUUUCUUAGGUUGAUCAGGACCAUACCAGUACACAUCCGAUUACAAUGGGUUU